UUCUUAUUAUUAUUGGGGCUUAUUAUUAUUAGGCUUAUUAGGGGGGGCGCGGCGGCGGGCAGCAUCAACUCCUCCUCCUCCUCCUCCUCCUCCUCCUCCUCCUGAGCCAUCCUCCUCAACCUUCCAACAACUUCAUCCCUCCACUCUCCCUCUUUUCCUCUUACUUCCCUCAUUCUCGCUAUUCUCUCCUCCCUCUAUCUAUCUCUACCUCCCUCUCAUUCCCUCUCACUCUGUCUCUCUCUCUCUCUCUAUCUCUCUCUACUCCGUAUUGUUCUCUCCAUUCUUUGGCCCCCCCCCAAGAGGCGGCUCUGUUAGGCUGUCUGUCUCUCUCUCUCUCCCAUCCAUCCUCUCUAUAUUUAUCUACUCCCGUCCGCCGCUCUUCUUGCUGUCACGGCUACUUCUUCCGCCCAUUGCUGAUGCUCCAGGGGAUGUUGGUCGACUGUCUGCGGGCCAAGCUGCUUCGCCGCCUGUUGGUCUCACACUGACUAGUUACUUACCUCCUCAACCUUGCACCGCACCCACCACCAAAUAGCCCUCCACCACAUACUACAUAUUGGGCAUCCUCCUAUUAUCUUCUUUCUUUCUCUUUCUUUCUUCCUCCUGCACAGCCUGCCUCCGGUUGCCCUUGCCCGCAAAACCAUCCCAAUUUAUUAUUAUUAUUAAUAAUUAGAAGCAAUAUCCUCCCGACUGAGAAACAAACCGAGAAAACGAAAUCGCCCAAACCUACGUCGUCAUUGUCAGAUGCUCUGCGUCCCAUUCUUGCGGCACACCGUUGAAACCUAUCUAUCUAUCUUUCGCGCACUCACUCCUCCUGCAGCUAAGCUAGCAAGGGUUGUUUGGGCGCUGUUUUGGGGGCUGCCAGGUCACGUUUUAGUGCUAGAAACAACCACCAACCGUCAGCUAUAACUAUACCCCCUCCUUCCCCCCCUCCCCUUCCCUCCUCUCGCUCCCACUUGUCCCCGAACGAUUUUCGAUACGAGGCGGAAGCUGAAAAUUGCUCCCUUAUCCUCAUCUGGCCACCCAACGAGAGCUUACCUACCUUCCCAAAGCCAAGCAAGCUUUGCCUCCUGCGAGGGUCCCUUCUACCAUCGUUUCAGCUAAAUACACUUUGAUUGAGUUUUGUCUCCGGAUAUACCUGUGAUACCCGACGUUCUUCUCAGCGCCGUCUUCUCUUAACACCCCGUUUUCUGACAGCCUACAUUUCCCCUUCGCAUCACCUACCUACCGCAUAUUCGUCGCUAUAAAUUCACUCGCAACCUAUCGAAAUAUAAAAACAAUAAUAAAAUAUUCCUUGUGAUUCGCGUUUAGUGGUUAGGAUAAAUAUACAUUACAGGAGCUCAUUUGGUUUGGGUUAUAGGCGUGAAGGGUUUCAUUACUCAAAACUACCCCGGGAGGGCAAAGUGUGGAGAUGCCUCCUGCUGGUGGGCGUACGUUCCCACCGGACCUAAUUCCAGGCAGCGCGCCUAGGAACAAUGGAGCUCAGCCGUCAGGAAAUCUAGGUGACCCAAACAUGUAUGGCGAAACUUACCAACCCCAGUCCCCGAUAGACAUGUCCAGUCCCACUGGCCCUGGCGCGGGCGCGCCAUGGGAUAAUAAUAACUCACCAUCCAUGGGCGGUGGUGCCUUCGACACCGACACUUAUCACUCACCAGACAUUCGAACGGGGCGGGGACAACAUCCCUCCAGUACUCAACAAGGUGGAGCAGGAUCAGGAUCCGGACCGCGCGAUAAGUCUCGCCUCAAUGGAGGAUCGGGGAGCAAGUCGCCUGGUGGUAGGGUUUGUAGACUAUGUGGGGAACCGCUUCAGGGCCAAUUCGUGCGGGCGUUGGGUGGGACAUUCCAUCUAGAAUGCUUUCAGUGCAGUGACUGUGGUGAUGUUGUCGCGUCGAAAUUCUUCCCGGUCGACUCUGAGGAUGGCAAUGGACAAUACCCUCUUUGUGAGACAGAUUACUUUCGACGUCUCAAUCUCCUUUGCUAUGAUUGUGGUGGUGCUCUCCGAGGUUCAUAUAUCACCGCACUGGAUCGCAAAUAUCACAUCGAACAUUUUACAUGUUCCGUCUGCCCAACCGUCUUCGGGGCACAGGAUAGCUACUACGAACACGAGGGAAAAGUAUACUGUCAUUACCAUUACUCCACCCAGUUUGCCCAACGGUGUAACGGCUGCCACACGGCUAUCUUGAAGCAGUUCGUCGAAAUCUUCCGCAACGGCCAAAAUCAACACUGGCACCCGGAAUGCUAUAUGAUCCACAAGUUCUGGAAUGUGCGGCUUGCACCCAACGGACAGGAGUUUGUCCGCCCGGAACUAGAUACCGAGGCGACAGAACAAGAUCGCGACUUCGUUAGGAAGCAGGAGGAUAGGAUGGAGGAGAAGGUGUACCGAAUCUGGAGAGUGUUGUCUACGUUCGAAGAAUCUUCCGCCGCUUGCAUAUCAGACAUGUUAUUACAUGUCAGUAAUGGCGCUUACAUUGAUGGUGUCGUUGUUGCGAAAAAGUUCAUAUUCCAUGUUGAAGUUCUGUUCAAGGCUUUGGAUGGACUUGCUGCUGCAAUAUCAUAUAGAAAGAUGAAAGAUCUACAAUACGGUCGAGAAGCCAAACUGCUCUGCAAAAAGAUCGUUGCGUUUUUCGCAUUACUUUCCAAAACGCAAGAGACAGGUGUUCGCAAACUUGGCGUCACGCAAGAAUUGCUGGCCCUUGUAACGGGUCUUGCCCACUAUCUGAAGCUCCUAAUCCGGAUCGGUCUACAAGGCGCUUUGAAGUUAGAAAGGGAGAGUGACAAUCCAGACCAAUUAUACACAUUCCUAGACAAACUGGAUAGCCUGGGUGAAUUGGAUUCCAUCUCGGCGUCCAAUCUCACAGAUUCCAUGUCGGAGCUGUCGGACCAACAGUCCGAUUGCUGUGCUGCCUGCAAAGACCCAAUUGAUGACGAGUGUAUCAUCCUAGGCCGGCGCAGGUGGCAUUUGAAACCCCCUCAUCUCGUCUGCGGGGCUUGCCAGAAUGACCUCACAGUGGACCUGCUAAAUGCGCGAUGGAGUGAGGAUAAGGAUCGGCCGUUCUGCCGUAUAUGUGCCGAGCAGAAGGGCCACGCCCCGAAUGGUCAAAGGGGGUUCGCCUAUGUUAGCAAGCUGCAGCAGUAUGUAUUCUUGCUGCAGGUUGCGCUUGCGAGACUGCUCUUGGUGUUACGGUCUGGCGGUACUCUGCCACAUACCUCAGACGAUCCAAACCUGAAGAAAUACGAAGCGAAUGACGGCCACCGGCUAAAUGCCUCCGGAGAGCUCCAGACACCUCAAAGAUCCAAUACCCGAUCGAGAUCGUAUGGGGCAGGCGGCGCACGGGAUGAAAACACCGGUUCAUCAUCCCUAGAGCAAACCGUCGGAGAAAUACGAAGACUUCACUCGACCCGCACAGAACGCACACUCUCCACAACCUUUAAGAAAGCCCGCGCUUCGCGGAUCAUCGACGGGCCUCAGGGAAGAUCUGCGCGGCCCGGUUCUCCAGGUGCCAGCGGGCCAGAAAUGAACAAUCCAGGUUUCCAGAUCGUCGAAGAAAGAGAUGCUGCUGGCGAACCAGUUAAAGACCUAACGUUUGGGAACCAAGAUGCGCUGACUUUGGAUGACAUACCAAGAAUAGUCGCUGCUGAGCAAGCCAAGGAGCAGAGACCUAAUGCAUUCCGCCAUGCUGGGACUGGCCUCGUUACAUCCGGCGGCCGAGCACCCAAAAUAGUCAACGGACAUCAAAGGGAAGUAUCCGGCCCAACUGAUACGCGUGGUGGUGCUCCGGCGCCCAGAACUACAAAAUAUUUUUCAGAAUUAUCCGCGCUUGAGUACUUCAUAGUCCGACAUGUCGCUGUCUUGUCCAUGGAACCACUUCUAGAAGGGCACUUCAACCUUGAAGAACUGCUGGGACUCAUAGAAUCGCGCAAGCCUACGAUUUGGAAUAUAUUCGGUCGCGCGUUUAAGAACGAGGGCCGCAAGGGUGGGAAGAAGAAGGGCGUCUUCGGCGUCGGUCUGGACGCGCUGAUCGAGAAGGACGGGACAGAAUCAACGCAUGGAGUCGGCCCGGGCACUUUGCGCAUACCGACGUUCGUCGACGAUGCGAUUUCUGCCAUGCGGCAGAUGGACAUGUCUGUCGAGGGGGUAUUUCGGAAGAAUGGCAAUAUCAAACGCCUGAAGGAGACGUCAGAUAUUGUCGAUACGAGAUACGAGCAGGCGGAUUUCAAUAAGGAGAAUCCUGUGCAAAUCGCGGCGCUGCUUAAAAAGUUCUUGAGAGAAAUGCCGGAUCCGCUACUUACGUUUAAGUUACAUCGGUUGUUCGUUGUUUCUCAGAAAAUAUCGGACCCCGAAAAUCAACGUCGCAUUCUACACUUGACUUGUUGCCUGCUUCCCAAGACACACAGGGAUACCAUGGAGGUUCUAUUUUCGUUCCUGCACUGGGCAUCCUCUUUCUCCCAUAUCGACGAGGAAUCCGGUAGCAAAAUGGAUGUCCACAAUAUCGCAACCGUCAUGACUCCUAAUAUUCUCUACUCAAGAGAGAAAACGGUGGACAUGGAGGAUAGUUUCUUGGCGAUAGAAGCUGUCACGUCGUUGAUAGAGUAUAAUGAUACGAUGUGCGAGGUACCGCAACAGCUCCAAUCUGUCCUUACAGACUCGACCCUCUUCAACGGCAGUGCAGAAAUAACCACCAAAGAAAUCCUCAAACGGUACGGUGGCGAUCUAAGCAAAAUCGCCACUCCACAACGCGCUCCGCCCACGGCAGAAGGUACCCCUGUCCGCACCGGCUCGGGCCGUGCAGUCAACCCACCCCUCGCCACACGCAUUGACAAGGAUCCAUCGCAAGCCAAUGCAUGGCAGAUGCAGAGCUCCGUGCGACAUGUGCAACCCGCUGGAGCCGGUGCUGCACCACAACCCCAAGGCCCACAACAACAAUUGGAUCAGCAGCAACAGCAACUGCCGCUAAGUUCCCCGCAGAUGGAAUAUGAUUACAGCUCCCAACAGCAGCAGCAGCAGCCGCCGCAACAACAGCCCCGAUUCCCAGACCGCAGCGCCAGUGGAGACAGUUAUCACAGUCAAGGCCAACAAGAAGAGCGGCAACAACAGCAACAGAUGGCGUUCAGGCAGCGGCAAGCAACCGCCGCCGCUGCGGGUGGGCCUAUAUGAGGUCAUCUAUCCACCCGGCUCCCCUCCAAAAAAAAUUAAUAAGGCAUGCUGCGCUGAGCUGCACUGCACUGAAUUCGCGAACAAAAAAAAAAAAAAAUAUACUUUUGGGGCUUCGUUAUUGUCAACCUAUGGCUACCUUGGUUAUAUUGGGGUUUUUGCCUUUUAAUUUUCUUUCCCUGGCCUCCUCUAUUCCUCACCUUUUCUUAAUUUCUUAAUUGGUCUUAAUUCUUUUCUCCUUCCCUUCUGCUCACUCCCUCCUCUCCCUCUUCAUUAUUUUCCUUGUUUCCUUGUUUCUCCUUCUGCUCCUACUAUUUUCUUUUCCUGGCCGGAAAUGAAGGGUGUUGGGGUUGAGACUUCCCCUUUGUGUUCCUUUCUCUUUUUUUAUACUUUCCCCUUUCUUCCCUGCGUUUCUGCGUCGUGGCUUUCUUUUCACUUUCAUUUUUCUCGUUUUGUUUGUUAGCGUUAUCGUUUUGGAGCAUAGAGCAAAGGAAGAGGGGGGAAGGGUGGGCGUACGACCCUUUCUAUCUAUUGAUCUAUUGAGAAAUAAAGGGGCGCUGCCAAAGGGAGAGAAAAGAAAAACUCACGAGAAAACGAGAAUAAGAACGAAACAAACAAUCUAAUAUUGGGAUAGGCGGAUGGAAGAGGGGUGUGAUUGAUAUGGUAUGCUAUCAUCCUCCAGUCUCCAGGCCGGCUUGUCAGCAGUUUUUAUUUUUUUCUUACAUUUCUUUUGCCUUGAUUCUUUCUCUUGUGCUCUUCACUUCAUCCUGAAUUCUCCGUUCCCCUAUUGUUUUCAAAACCCCAUUACGACUAACUACUCUGCUUUGCACUAACCAACUACAUAACAUUUCUUACAUUAUUACAUAUACCUCCCCUUGCUACUAUUUUCCAAAACAUCUACUCUUCUCGUUGUUCGACGUAUAUCUCUUUCCCCUAUUCCCUUUUAUCGUUCUUGUUUUUCAUUUACCGAAGAUUACCCUAUAAGUUAUUCCCUUUUUUUCCCCCUCAAUUUAUUUAUUUCAGUUCCUUGGCUUUUCUAACUUAUUCCCAUUUUCCUUCCCUUUUCUUCACUCUCUUCCUUUUCGUCCCGUUAGUUUCUUUGUUGGCAACUCUUCCCUGCAUAUCCAACUUAUGGCAUCUUGUAUUUGCUUCUCUUUUUAAUUUUGAUUGUUAUAAAGUCAGCUUCUCAUAAUGCUGGGACUUUUCUUUAAUUUUAUUUUACUUAGCUUAAUAUUGAAAACAAAGGCCGUAUAUUUUCCUGUGCUUCUUUCCGUGUUUUUACGUUUUUGUUUUGUAGAUGAUACCACAACCUCGUUCUGAACGAAAUCCCAAUUGAGAGAAUAUUUCAGGUUAAAAUAAUAAACGGCAUGAAACAGCGCUUCAGCCUUGGCUAAGAG